AUGGCCGCGGCGGCGUCGUCGUCGUACGGGGCCGGCCUCAAGUUCACCUGGCUGGCUGGGAUGGGGCAGGUGCCCGUGGUCCAACUGCAGCUCAAGGCUACCUUCCUCUCGUCAGAGGGUCCGAUGGUAGAGGCCGGGCUGGGUCAGUUUACCACGGCUACCGUCAAGUGGAGGCCGUCCGAGACCACGGCAGGCAACUUUGACAUCGAGUACGGCGAUGUGGUGGUCCUCGACGCAAACUCGGGCGAGCCGCUCUCCAAUCCGCUGGCAGAAUACACCCUCAAGUGGGAGGUCGAGGCCGACGGCAAGUUUGUUCGCUGCACAAACAUCGACUCGGUCGUCGACUUUACCUCGCAACUCGCCGUCUCGCAGCAAGUGACCGGCGUGGAGGAUGCUGACGAGCAGGUCUUCCUGGAAGAGUAUAUGGACAGCAUGCGCGUCGACGCCAUGUCGCACAUCGAGGCCGAGGUCCGCGAGCUGUGGUCCAAUCUCGCCGAGGCGUGGACUUCGCUCAUUCGCGGAGGCACCGCCUCGGUCGAGCACAUCGACCACUGCGGCGUGCCGUGCGCCCGCAUCGGCCGCACCGUCGAGGUCGACACCCGCGACGUGGUCCAGACCGUGACCACAAAGCUCGCCACUGCGCUCGACAUCAUUGCUAGCUCGUCUGAAGAGGUCGGUGAUCCUAUGAGCAUCCAGGUCCUCGUCUCAUCGCUCAUUGAUGUUGGUGACGUGACGUGGGACGAGACCAAAGACGCUGUGGUUGAAACCGACACUCUUCGCCCGCACGUCACCUCGCACGUCAAGGAGGUGUUUGUGCCGUUCAAGGUCUUCGGCACCUCCAACUUUGAGCUCUCAGUCGAGCACACCCGCAUCUUCCUCCUCUGGCCCGACAUCGAUCAGAUUUGCACGCCCGAGUACUUUGAGUCCAAGUACGCCGAGUUCUUUACGCUCUGCAACGCAAAGUACGUGGCGUACCUGGAAAAGUACCCAGCUAUUCCGCGGCUCCUCGAGUCGCGCAUCAACGACGCCUUUGACCUACUCGACACCGACGCCAACGGGCGCAUUGGCCAGGACGAGCUCGCAGCCGGCGCGCGCGUCUUCCGCCACUUUAUCGUCGAUCAGGCGAGCAAGAACAUCACGGAGCGCUCCCAGCACCUCGAUGUCUCGGUCCUCCUCGACAUGCCCGUCGACGGCGAGCUCUCCAAGCUCGGCGGUAAGGCUUUCCGCAAACGCUGGCAGAAGCGCUGCUUUGUCCUCGACCGCGAAAAAUCGACCCUCUCCUACUACGCCGCCCCGUCCGACGUCAAACCCAAGGGCGCCAUGGAUCUUCGCGACUACAAGUCGGCCGUCAUCAACGAGGACCCGCCCAAGGGCGAGAUCUUCUGUCUCUCCAUGAUCCCGCGUGAAAACUCGGAUGCCAAGCAGUACGAGCUCGCCGCCGCCAGCGACUUGCUCCGUGACCGCUGGGUUCAUCUCAUCAACCGCGCCAUCGAGCAGGCCGACCACGUCGAAGAGCGGGCAGAGAUGGCCGCCUCCCUAGUCGACGCUGUCACUCGCCUCGCCUGCGGCGUCAUCCAGCAAGCCACCAGUGCCCGCUACAAGAAGAAGCUCGGCAAGUAA